AUGGCGAUCCGCAAAGGAAAGGAACUGGGGAAGCGCCUCGAGGCUGCCAGGGACCUUCUCCCAGAUGAUGUCAGAUCGAUGCUGCCUGCCAAGGUUGGAGAGUGUGUAGAAGCAGUAGCCAGAUCAAAGGGCUCAACAGGCAUUGCUCUGAUUGGAAUGUUCCUGACUGCGGUCUCACACUGCUUUGGAUACAAGUCAGAAGUGACGUUGGCCGACCGGAUGAUCGAUUGGACGCAGGUCUUGAGACAUUGGCACAUUCUUGUUUCCCCAAGUGGCACAAACAAGAGCCCGCUGAUCAAGGCUUUGAAUGAGAUCAUGGAGGGGGUCGAGGAGCGGGCUGAGGGAAAGACGAUGCACGCCGUGAAACCUUGA